UCCAACCAACAUCGUAAUUUGUAAAUUUACGCUAAAAAGUAUAAAAUUUAUUACUAAAAUAUAAUUUUCUUUAAUAAACGUUGCCCGUUUUCAAAGCUUUACACCAAAAACUAUAAUGCCCGUAGAACAAAUACAAUACUCGGAGCGAUAUACUGAUGACGUUUAUGAGUACAGGCAUGUUAUUCUACCACCUGAUAUUGCAAGAUUGGUCCCAAAAUCACAUCUAAUGACUGAGACGGAGUGGAGGAACCUUGGCGUCCAGCAGAGUCCUGGCUGGCUACAUUUUAUGGUCCACAACCCUGAACCCCAUGUGCUGCUGUUCCGACGACCACGAACGGACAUACAACCAAUAAUUAAUGGAUUAGAUAAAAGUUCCUCCUCGACGGUAAAAGUUUGACUAUGAGAAUGAUUAGGGUUAUGCUGGUUAGUGAUUAAAUUUUAAUGUAAACAAAAAUGUUAAACGCAUGUUACUGAAAUUAUACUUUAAUAUUUUAAAUCCAUACAUUUCUUGUUCAUUUAUAAGUAGUUUGAGUAAAUUUGCUGUGCUUGAUAGUUGAUAUAAAUAUAUAGCUAGCUAGUUUCCAUAAUAUAAUGUAUUUUCAAACAUGGCACUGUAAGAGGCUACCAAUAAAAACAGUAACAUUUUUGUAAUUUCUAGGUUUUUCCAGGUCUAGAAACAGCUUUUCAGACUCCCUUUGUUUACAUUCAAAAUAUUUAAACACUAAUCAGGCAGUAGAACGAAUUUUUACGGAUAAAUAUAAUUUAUAAGUUUUUUUUAAGUUAAAAAAUUAUUAUGCUGUUAAAUAAUACAUAUAUAUGUUAAAAGCAAGCUUCUGAGCUUAUAUGGAUGAUAAUAAUCCAUUAAUAGAUUUAUUAAAAUAACCAUUUGCACCAGCCUUGGAAAAUUUGAUUCGAUUAUGGAAUAAAUAUCAUGUUAUCUUCUCUUCUAUA